UGUAUUAAAGUGAAGUCAGGAGCACGAUGUAACACUUCCCCCUCUUUGCUCCUUUGUUCAUCCUUUCCUCUGUCUGUGCUGGCAGAGUCGGGUUGCAGUCAUGCAUGUGGACACUGUCUUCCUUCUGUGUCCUCUCAUUUUUGCAGCAGCCUUGUGGAGGAGGGUCCAGGCUGUGUCCCCUCUGCCCUCAGUCCCUGAACAUGUCCAAGCACUGGUGGGCUCCUGUGUGGUGGUCCCCUGCUCUUUCACUCCUCAAGCUCCUCACACUCUCAGGGGGAGGAAGAGGGUGGAGGUUCGGAUUAGGUUCAGAGGUGGUGGACACAUCUUCCCUCUCCGCAGCACAGCUUUUAACAGCGAGGACAGAGAUCAAGUGAGUCGGGAUUUUCAAGGACGGACGUCCCUCUUUGGGCGGAUCGCAGAGGGAGACUGCUCAGUGAAAAUCGAAAGGAUCAGCCAGGAUGACUCCCGGGCGUUUGAGAUGGCCCUGAAGAGAGGGGAUGAGUUACUUUGGGGGAAGCCAAGGAGCUUCAAUCUGGAUGUUGUGGACACCCCCGAGGCUCCUGUCAUCAGCGGCAUGUUGUCAGCCACAGAGGGGCAUCUGGUCACGCUGAACUGCUCCGUCAGAUACCCCUGCCCCUCCAGACCUCCAGUCCUGCGAUGGAGCUGGGGGAGAGGUGACUGGCCGAACGGCACUGAGCCUGCGGGGGUGCAGACGCUCUACCCCGAGCCCCACAGGCCGAUGUUACUGUCCUCUCUGUCCUUCACUGCGUCACACAAGGUGAAACCCAAGCUGAGAUGUGAAGCCAGCUACCCAGGAGCCAAAGCAUUAGCCACGUCAAAGGAUCUGCAUGUGACAUUUUCACCAAAAGAUGUAGUAGUUCAGAUCCAGACCUUGGUGGUGCUGGAGGGGGGCAGCGCCUUGUUGGUCUGCUCAUGUAAAGCUGACCCUCCGGUGUCCGAGUACCGCUGGUCCUACAGUCAGCACGGUCGCUCGGUGCACCUCCACCAUCGCACACACACACUCCGCGUGUUCAACGUGACCCGGGAUAUGAGGGUCCGCUGCUCAGCACAAAACCUGAUUGGUCGAGGAGAGUCCAAGCCCACUCCGCUGAACAUACAAUAUAAACCAGUGAUCCUCAGGCUCUCCUCCACCUGUGUUGUGGAGGAUCUAGAGGUGCUGUGUCAUUGUUCAGUCGAUUCCAAUCCCAAACCGGCCGUCACCUGGAGCGUGAAUGGUACUGUUCCACCUUGUGAUUACAACGGGUCAGUAACAUCUGAGCACGACGCGCUUACAGCCACUCUGAGGGGCCACAUGGACAAACGUCAGACUGUCAUCUGCUUUGCUUUCAACGCACAGGGAAAUGACUCCCUGAUGUUGCUGCAGGGAGAAGAAGAGACUAACUUUUUGAUGUGGUUGGUGUUACCUGCUGUGUCCGUCUGCCUGGUCAUAUUCCUUCUGUCUCUUUCUUUCUACUGCUGCCGAAAGAGAUCGGAAAGUAUGUGAAGCAAAUUAGCCCUUAAACAUUUUCAUUUAAAUUGUUCUCACUUGUGAGUAUUCACCUGUGCUGCUCCUUUCAGACAUGUUCUGAAAAGACUCCCAGCCGUGUACCCUGAAGGAAUGGGGAUUUAUCAGGAUCAGAUGCCCCUCUACAUUAACUGCACGGAAGUGACUCAUAUCUACACCAACGGCAGCUACCAACUUGUAUACCAAAACUGCACACCUAAUUUUGUCCAUACGAAGCAGAUCCAUCCGAUAGGCAGGAGAGGUGGGGAGAGAAGAAGAAGAGGAGAGGGUGGAGGCAUCGACAAACAAGUGGCUUUAGGAGUCAGAGGCACAAGAGAGGUGCAGAGUAGUGGGACCGAUGCAGAGACGGCCAUUUACUUAGAGAUCCUCUAAAGUCACCGUGGAUAAGUCACAUGAUUCACCUGCUAUAUUAAACUCACAUUAGAUUUCAUAUUCUGUCUUACACUGAUCAUAAUGCAUUGUUUAUGUACAUUUCAAUUAUUGUAAAUAUCGUAUGUCCAUUUUGUGAUAUCUUUAACAUUAGUCUCUCGUAAUCUUCAUAUUGAACAAAUUAAGUCUCUUCAGUCUUUGUCUGUAACAUGCAUCUGUGCUCUUUUGUAUAUAAAA